UAGUUGUAGUACGCGUCGGUGUACGUAAAAUGGCGGACGGUGACAUUGAUUUGUACGCCGACGAUCUCGAGCAAGAUUUCGCGCAGGUAACUCGCAUUUCUCUUUGAUAGCAAUAAAACAACGAGACCGCGUUCUCUUUCUCCCCGUACAAUCGACGAAAAUAGAGGAACGAAUCGUGUUUUGACAUUCACACUCGACGAGGAAACCGCGACGCUCGCUGACGCGACGCGCCGCACCGUGCCGCAUCGCGCCAUAUCGUAUACCGCGCCGCGCCUCGUCGCGCUGCAAUUGUGAGCGAUUAUCGUUCCGCGAUUCAAUUUCACAUGUAACGAGACCGAGCCGCGGCCGAGUGUGUUGGCAUUGUAGUGGCUGGGCGACCGUUGCUAACGAUUGACUCGCGCCAACGAUCUCUCGCCGAAUAUUACUGUGUGCCCCUGAACAUUGCUCGCUGCUUCGAGCUCCGAGCCGGCUCGAACGGCUACUCUCAAAACGAACGACCAAGCGCCCGCGUGCGCGCGCGCGCGCGCGAACGAGCGAGCGAGUAAACCAACUAAUUAGCAAGCACAUACAAGACGAGCUUCACUCCAAGAGUGUUACUACGUCCUUCCUGUUGCCACGCAGUUGACCGAUCGCCUGUCUAGCUAGUGCCUGCCUGCUGCCGUCGAUCGCGCGCGCGCGCGUACCCGUUGUUCCCGGAGCCAUAAGCGCUAAAACUAAUACGGGUUCGCAACAGGAAUCGACCGCAAAAUGGUGCUAGCGUCGAAGUGUACGAUUGGUUGAUCGGUUGAACCACAAGGUGUGCAGGAAGUCGCGUGUAAUAAGAAAAUGGAUGAAUUCGCUGGAGAUGGUGUUGAUCUUUACGAUGACGUGAUUGCCGCUCCAGCAGGUGGUAAUGGCGGCGUCUCUUCUGGGAAUACUACGGAAGGUGGUGGUGAUACCACAUCUCCGAAUGAAGAAACUAAUGGGAACGCGCCUUAUCAUCAACUCGGCAAUAACAUACAGCCGAAUCAAAUUGGUCGACGACACCAAUUAUAUGUUGGUAACUUAACAUGGUGGACAAGCGAUCAAGAUAUAACAGAUGCUGUUCAAAGCAUCGGUGUGACUGAUUUUGUGGAGGUAAAAUUUUUCGAGAAUCGUGCCAAUGGUCAAUCCAAAGGUUUUUGUGUGAUAUCCUUGGGCUCAGAGCAGAGUAUGCGAAUAUGCAUGGAGAGGCUGCCCAAAAAGGAACUGCAUGGGCAGAAUCCCGUAGUAACUUUUCCUACUAAGCAAGCUCUCAAUCAAUUUGAGUCGCAGUGUAAGACGCGACCCGCUCCGGCUCCGCAACAAAGUCAGAGCCAACGUCCUCAUAACCCACAUCAACAUCAGCCACCAAUGCCACCUCAUCAACAGCAUCCCCAACACCCUCAACAUCCACAACAUUCACAACAAAAUCACGGCCCUAGAAUGAUGAUGGGUCCUCCACAGGGUGUAAGACCACAAAGAAUGCCGCCACCUGGAAUGGGUCCGCCAGGUCCCGGUGGACCAGGUCAGCAGGGUCCACCCCGUAUGCACGGUCCGCCAUUGGGUCCAGGUCCAGGACCACAUCAUCCAUUACCUGGCCAUCCUAAUCAAGGCCCGCCACCUGGUUAUCAACAAGGACCAUGGAAUGGACCGCGUCCAAAUGGACCUCCAGGACCUCCUCGAGGACCCAGUGGACCUGGAGGUCCGCCUCAGCAAGGUCCACCUGGACCGGGUCCCGGCCAGCAUAGACCUCCUGGAAUGCAAUUUCAUGGUGGUCCGCCUGGACCACCCGGUCAGGGACCUCCACGUGGCCCACCUGGACAUCCUGGUGGACCUCCAGGGGAUCCCAGAGGAACACAACCUCGUCCCGAAUGGAACCGACCGCCAGGAAUGCAUCAUGGGCCUCAGGGACCACCAGGUUUCCCUCAACAUCAACAUAUGCAAGGGCCGCAGCCUGGCCAAGGCCCACCACAGAGAGGACCUCCUCCAGGUUCUAUGGGUGGUCCAGGCGGGCCACCUCCGGGACACGGUGGACCGCCGCAAGGUCCUCCUCAAGGUCCACCAGGUGGCCCGGCACCUCAUGUCAAUCCUGCAUUCUUUCCACAAGGACCGCCUCAUCAACAUCCUGGGCAACAUCCACCGGGACCUCCUGGUCCGCCUCAUGGUCCGCCACAUGGGCCGCCUCAUGGUCCUCCUCAUGGUCCUCCUCACGGUCCUCCUCAUGGACAAUCACAUGGACCGCCACAUGUACCGCCACAUGGCUACGGACCACCAAGUGCACAAGCCCCUUACGGAGCACCCGGACCUGAUCAUCGCCCAGAAGGUCCACCGCCACUUACUGAGCAAGAAUUCGAAGAGAUAAUGGGCCGUAAUCGUACGGUUUCCUCGUCCGCGAUUGCGCGAGCAGUGUCCGACGCCGCGGCAGGCGAAUAUGCAAGUGCCAUAGAGACUCUGGUCACUGCCAUCUCCCUGAUAAAACAGUCUAAGGUAGCCGCAGAUGACAGAUGCAAGAUCUUGAUCAGUUCCCUCCAAGACACUUUACGCGGUGUUGAGACCAAGAGCUACGGGUCUGGACGAAGAGAGCGUUCGCGUUCACGUGACAGAGAGCGUAGCCAUCGAAGACGGCGCGAACGAUCAAGGAGUCGAGACCGUGAAUACCGUGAGCGUAGUAGAGACCGAGAGCGGGAACGUGACCGGGAACGUGAUCGUGAGAGAGAAAGAGAUCGCGAUAGGGACAGGGAGCGCUAUUACAGCGAACCAUAUCCAAGGGAACGUUCACGCAGUCGAGAAAGAGAACGUGAGCGUGAAAGAGAUCGUGAAUAUAGAGAGCGAAGCAGAGAAGAAAGUACAACACGUCAAUCAGCCAGGCCAAGAGUAAAAGAAGAACCGCCAGAGACGGCACCCGUCUCGUCUUCCAAGGCGACUAGGUAUUAUGACGAUCGCUACAGAGAACGCGAGAGAGAGCGAGAUCGAGAGCGAGAAUCGAGCCGAAGACCAUCCGAGCGGGAACGGGAACCGGAACGGGAACGUGAACGGGAACGAGAGCGAGAUCGUCGAGAUGAACGGGGAGACUCCUCACAUCGUUCAAGACAUUAGAAAAAAGAAACAAGCACCGAAGACAAUGCGAGCAUGGAACACGUCUACGUGACAUGAGAUCGAUGAUGAAGCGGCAAAUGCAACAACACACACUCACACAUUGCGCGAUCCUCGUUUCUUAAUCCUUGAA